AUGGAAAGUCUCAUUAGCAACACGAGCAAUUCUGAUAAACUAAAAAAUAAGAUAGAUUAUGAAACAGAUGACCUAGCAUUUGACGAUGAUAUUAGAUUUAUCAACGUUCAAGAAGAGGAAAAAGAGGGUUUUAAAAAAAGAAAUAUUUGCAUUAAUAUGUCUACUGAUACUACAAAUAUAAGAUUUAAAAUUAAAAAUGCCCUAUAUAAUGCACUUUUAUACUAUUGGAACUUGUUAAAUGAUAAGGUGCUUCUUGCUUGUCUCCUUGAUCCAAGAUACAAAAAACUGUAUUUUGCAAUACCAAAUCAGUGA